AUGCUUCGCACCUUCGCCCUUUUGGUGACCCUUCUGCCUCUUUGUCACUGCCUUUUUGGUAUCGGUAGACUGCAGUCAGUUGCAGUUAAGGGCAAACUUGUAUGCAAUAACAUUCCGGCAUCAAAAGUCAAAGUGAAACUAUACGAAAAAGAAGUCUUUAUCGACAAGAAAAUGGAUGAAGCACGAACGGACCUCGACGGGCAGUUCCGCCUAUCAGGAUCAAAACGAGAGAUCACCACCAUUGAUCCAAAAGUCAACAUAUACCACAAAUGCGGUUACAGUGGGCCGUGCUACAAAAAACUAAGCAUCACAAUACCCGACCAAUUCAUCACACGAGGACGUUAUCCACAGAGAACGUACGACAUAGGAACUUUGAACCUUGCCAACAAGUUCAAAGGUCAAACGACUGACUGUUUUAACUGA